AUGACGUCCGCCCGCGAAGGCUCGGGAGCUGGCGCCAUGUUGGCGCGCGCUCGUGACCUGCACCGGAAGCUGCUGGAGCGCGUGCUGGUGCGCAGCGACUCGCAGAACGUCAAGGACGUCUUCCGCCGCUACGACCGCGAGCGAGCCGGAGUGCUAACCGUCGACCAGUUCCGCGCGCUCGUGCGGGACCACGACUUCCUGGACGCCGAGGCGGAGCUGCUGCUGCGUCAUUUGGGCGCGAAAGACCAGCAGAGCGUGUCCUUCCACGCCUUCAUGGGCGACGUCCAGCUCGGAGCAGAGCAGAAUUAUCCGUCUAAGAACAGUAAUUCCCCUAAGAAGGUGCAACAACUCUCACAACUGACGGAGAAGAAGAAUGUGCAGCCGCAGACUAAAGGCAAAGCGAAGACUGGAGCGAAGAAGCCAGCGGUUGAGCAGGUGCAGGACCCCAUGGAGGCCAUCCGAACGAAGCUGCGCGAGCGAGUCAUGGGGCAUAGUAAGUCGAUCCGUGAGGUCUUCAUGGAGUACGAUACGGACGGUAGUGGCUUCCUGGACUACGAGGAGUUUGGCCGCUUUAUGGCCAAGUACAAGUUCGCACCUGACGAAACACAGAUCAUCGUGGACUACCUGGACCGAGAUGCCUCUGGAACUAUUGACUACGACGAAUUUGCAGCGGGACUGCUCUUUUAUCGGCCGCCUAUCCCCCAGAUUCUAGACUCGAUCCGAAGCAAGUUCGACGAAUCGAUGAAAAGAUCGAAGCAACGGACUGGACGAGCGCGUGAUCUGAAAGCCGAGUUUGACAAUUAUGACGUUGACGGCAGCAACAGUCUCGAUCACCAGGAGUUCGGUGCUUUGCUCGUUGGACUAGGCAUUAAAUUGAAAGCUGCUGAAUUGCGGACUGUGCUGGAGGAAGUCGAUCCUAAAGAGGAACAAAGAAUUGACCUCCAAACAAUUGUAAACCUGUUAGGCAUCCAAGGACCCGCUCUCAAAGGUAACAAGGGGUUGAGUGAGGGCCAGCGGCGUCAAAAUCCGGUCUCGAAGGGAAAUAACGCAGCACUUGCAGCAUUCAACAAGUAUGACCGCGAUGGUAGCGGCGAGCUGGAAUACGAAGAGUUCCGACGCUUGAUGCACGAAUCGGGAGUGAAAGACGACAAGGAAAUUGACGCUUUGAUCGAUGAAAUUGAUGAAGACGGCAGUGGCUCCAUCAGUUUCGAUGAAUUUGCGGGGUACGACCGUGACGGCAGUGGCGAAUUGGAUUAUGAAGAGUUCCGACGUUUAAUGAGCGAACUUGGAGUGAGAGACAAAAGCGCAAUUGAUGCUAUAAUCGACGAAAUCGACGAAGACGGAAGUGGUUCUAUCAGCUUCGCCGAGUUUGCUCGAGUAUACGACCGUAGGAUAAAGCCGUCUUCGAAAAUGGAUGGGGAGGUAAAAGCUGCAUUUAGCAAGUACGACCGCGAUGGCAGCGGGGAGCUGGACUACGAAGAAUUUCGCCGUAUGAUGCACGAGUCAGGAGUGAAGGACAGCGAAGUAAUUGACGCCUUGAUCGAUGAAAUUGACCGAGACAGGAGCGGUACUAUCAGCUUCAAUGAAAAAGCUUCCCAAGCUGAGAACGAGCAGAGUAUAAAGACGCGACUUGCUGCGCUACAAGAACAAGAACUGCAGUUUAUGGAGCGAGUGCUUCGUCACCACAACUCGAUAGAAAAUGCCUUCCUGGAGUUCGAUCGAGAAGGACGCAACGAGAUGGACUUCGAACAAUUUCGGGACUUCAUGGGUCAGUAUGGCAUCACAGACGAAGCGAGUAUAUCCAUGUUGCUCAAGCGGCUGGACGCAGAUAACUCCGGGAUGAUUGAUCUGCAAGAGUUCCUGUCAGUGUUCAACGAGCAGCGUCUAGCUCGCUAUAAAGGGGGUGGAAAGACCGUUGCUCGAACUGAUCAGCCUGCAAGGUUACGGGAGCUGGAGGAAAAAUGGAUUCGUGGUGCGUUGGCAGCUCAUGACUCAUUACGGUCAGCGUUCUCAGCUUUCGAUAGAGACCAAAACGGCGAUCUAUCUCGCGACGAAUUCCGGAAACUAAUGAAUCAAUUCGGGAUCCGCGAGGAAGAGGACAUCACGUCGCUGAUGAAGAAGCUGGAUGCUGACGGCAAUGGCUGCAUAGAGUACGAAGAGUUUGCCACUAUUUUCCACGAAACUCGUAAUGCGCGUGCGCGUCUUCGAGACCUUCAAAUCAAGUGGAUGAAGCGUGUGCUGAGCUGCCAUGACUCCAUAGAGACCGCGUUUUACCAGUACGAUGAGGAUGGCAAUGGGGAGCUGGACCACGAGGAGUUCCGCCACUUUAUGAAGCGCUACGGCAUCGUGAAGAACGACGAUAUCGACGCAUUAAUCCGAAGACUGGACACGGAUGGCUCAGGAACGAUCUCACUCGACGAGUUCUCCAUCGAGCGCGAAUUGGCGCAGAGGAUGGCGCACCAGACCCGAGAUUUACGCCUGGCUUUCCGUAAGUUUGAUACCAACGGCAAUGGCUUGCUAGAGUACAAGGAGUUCCGAAGCGUAUUGAAGUCAUAUCGACUCCCGGAAAUGGAGAUCCGCAAGGUUAUUCGCCACCUUGACCGCGACGUGUCUGGCUUUAUCGACUACAAGGAGUUUAUCGCUGGCUUCGGGGCGUUCAAAGAGAGCGGGGCGGCUGCAGGAAGCCCCACCCAAAAGAAAGCUGGUAAGCGUGCGUCUCCAGGGAAGGGGCACUCGAAGCCAAAGACUCACUAUCGCCGUUCACCUGCCAAGCCACAGGCUCAGUCCAAGACUCCUUCCCUCGAAGCGCUCAAAACGACGAUGCUUGAGCGGAUACUCGCGAUCCACGGAACCGUGCAAGGCGCCUUCCGCGAGUACGACCUGGACAAAGAGGGCUGUCUGAACGAGGCCCAGUUCGUCAAGUUGGUGCUGGACUGCAGGUUUUCACGCGACGAAGCGGCUCGACUUCUCGAUGUGUUCGAUCAAGACCAGUCCGGGACUGUCGAGUACCAGGAGUUCCUGGCCCAACUUGUUGUAAAGGGGAACUCCUGA